CGACCACAGCCUCAUCUUGUCAGACAGCUAUUUUCAUGCCCGCAUUUCAAGAAUCUGCACUUUACAAUCUGUUUUAGAGGAUUCUGUGUAAGUCCAGCUUACAACUCAAGCAAUCACCAGAGAGCGGCUCUGCCAUCGACGACUCCUGAGUCGCAACCCAUUUUACAAUGUCACUGUUCAGUGCGCCGCGGCGCAAGCCAAAGCGCAUCAUCUCCCGAGACGAACCCGACACGCAGCCAGCAGAUGUUGAAGAAGACUCCGGCCCUGUCGUACGACGGCCAACACUAAACGCACCCAAAACGAAAUCCAAACUACGAGUAUCCUUCAAUCCAGGCGAAGAGCAGGAUGCCGCGAAGACAGACCCUUCGCAGGACGAAGAAGCGUCAAUACCGGCAUCCAAGCCAUCAAGGCUAGGCCUUUCGAGCGCGGCGCAAAACGCCCUCAACCGAACUACAACACGAGACCGAGCCGAUAUCGAGGCGCAAGACCAUGACAGACCGUCGUACAGCAAAGCCUACCUCGACGAACUGCGCAACUCCACCCCCUCCACACCCCAGGAUCUCUCAUCGCGGGACAGCCCUUCUCUCGACCUCAUCGACCCAUCCUCCACCAACACAGCCCUCGACCUCGAAAGCAAAUUCGGCAAAGCCGCCAUAUCAGGACCAUCAUCCUCCAGAAUUCCCACAACAGCCGAGAUCAAGGAGAAGAAAGAACGUCGCGCGCGUCUCGCCAAAGAACAAGCCGCAAACGCCAUCACUGAUUCUGCGCCCUCGGGCGAGGAUUUCAUUUCCCUCGAGGACUACGAUUCCGAUGGCGAAUUCAAGCCCCGCCGCAUGCAAGUCGGGUCGUACACGGCGCCCACCCGCGACAAAGACACACGCCUCGUCCCCGACGACGAAGAUAUAGCCGAAGGAUUCGACGAAUUCGUCGAAGAUGCAGGCCGUGUGUCGCUAUCUCGCAAAAGCCAGCGCGAGCAGACGAAGAAGGAACGAGAGGCCAUUCGCACGAUGAUCGACCACGCCGAAGGAUCCGAUGACCAGUCCGACGAAGACCAGUCCGAUGACUCAGACUACGACCGGCACAGGGAGUACGAGUCCGCUCAAACGCAUCGGGGCAUGGACGGCCUGUCCGCACACGCCGCACAUACGAGGCAGGCCAAUCGGCCAAGGCAGCCGCGUGAGACCACGCCCAUUCCCAAGCUCAGCGUCGGUCUGGCCAGGCUAAGGGAUAUGGUCUCACAUCUGGAAUUCGAGAAGGCGAGGAUCGAGAAACGCCGUGCUGACAUUGCGCGAGAAAGACUCGAUAUCAAGGAGAGCCAGGCGCAUAUUCAGACUAGCUUGGAGGAAGCUGGUAACGAGCUGGAGCGGGUGACCAGGGAGCAUCUUGCCGCCGCUGCCAGUGCGAACGGGACAUCCGUGGAUGCCUGUGCUUCCAAUGGCCAGCCUCAGCCUACAGCGUCGAUAGCAACCGAGAGAGGCUUGGAGUCUUUCGGGUACGAGCCAGACGGAGGUGCGCAGUAAACAUCACUCUUCGUCCAUUACAAGGUAUAGCCCUGAUAGCGAUGAAUGGCACGUAUCAUUCAAACUGGACGCUGGUCUAUCUUUAAAACAUUUGAUUUUGUCUACUACAAUUCUCAGCGCUGUCUUAUCUGUGAUUCGGGAGGCUCUUGCCUCGUAUCACUCGCAUCGUCGCUCAGUCUCUCAACAUGCUCAACUUGCACUCAAUG